AUGAAGUUCGGCAAGACGUACAUGGAGACCAUGGCGGAUCCCGCCUUCCCCGAGGAGUGGAGGAACGGCGCUCUCGAAUACAAGCAUCUCAAGAAGCUCAUCAACGGUGUCGUAGCCGAGCUCGAGUCCAUUGGUCUCGGUGCCGAUGUCUUGAGAGAGCUUCUCAUCCGCCCAGAGGGCGAUGGCACCGAUUCGCCAUACGACUCGCCAAAGUCCAAAAGCAAGCCGCUUCCCGGUCACCUCGAUGAGGCAGAGUCUGCACUGGCAGAUGAUUCGGGAAACAGCUCAGAGCAGGAGGAUCAACACGAGGCGUCGGACAAACUCACUCCCGCCGGAAAGUGGGUGAGCGACUUUUCGGUCGACAUGAUUCGCAGGGCCUCAUCACCGGGCAGAACAGCUGCUGACACGGAUGCCAACAGUACAAUGGUCAUCGAAGCAACCGAUGCUCCAACAAACGUAUCGCAAGCCAGCGAGUCUCGUAAGCCGCAGAAUGAAUCCAACUUCCUGCUUCUACCCACCUCUCCCAAGCCGCGCAGCUUGAGUCACGGUGUCGAAGAGAUCAGCUCCUCGUUGGCCGACGCCCAUUUGCAGUCGGAUGCGCGCGGUCGCGCUUCUUUCAGCGUCGGCUCUCCGUCAGACUCGAGCAAGUGGGCAGGGCUCGGACGCAAGGAUUUGGCGGCCAUGGGUCUGAGCAAAGGCGCCUCUGAUGGCAAUGCUACAGCAGGCUCCAGUCGGUCUCACGAGCCCAGUCCAGGUCGUCACGAUUGGAGCGCCAGCAAGUGGAGGGAAGAGGCCAAACUAGAUUGGGAUCCCAGCUCCAACCCGGCCAAGAACGGUCGAUCUAUGCUUUCGCCGCCUGCGACUUCACGCACCGAGAAGAGCGUGAGCCCUGCCAGGCAUCGAUGGGUCGAAGGCAAGUUUGGUCGACGCGCGCGGGCUGAAUACGAGCUCGGUGGAACGCCAGAUCACCCAGUACCACGCAUUCGGCUUUUCGUCGAGUCUCCCCUCCCAUCGGAUGACGAGGGAGACGACGACGAUGCAGACGAAGCCGACGCUGGCAGCCUCUCGGACGACAAUAGCAGCCGCAAGAGUCUGGAAGAGCAGAUCAUCGAGCUUCCGGCCACCCCGACUCGACGCUUCUCGACCAUUCCAGAGGACGGACCGGAAGGCGAGACGCGAGAGCAGAAGGUUCAACGUCAGACCGAGAUCCGUCGCAAGCGCGGUACCCGCUCGCGCGAGAUUGUCAUUCCGCUCACAGCCGACACGCAGUUCUUGGACACGCUGACGCACGCGCUGCAGAAUCUUUCCAACAUCCAGACGCACCAGCGCGAGAGCUUUGUGGCCGAGACCGAGUCGCUCUGUUCUGCGAUUGCACGCGCCUCGAGUCCGUUCGCUUCCAAGAACGACCUGUACGUGUGGAGGGAGAUCUUCGGCCUCUGGGUGGACAUGCAGGUGUUUGAAAGUCAACGCGAAAAGGAUCGCGGCGAGCUAAGCAUAGAUGAGAGCGAAGCUCGAUUGAAACGGUUUGCGCUCGAGCUAGCCAAGCGCGGCUGGAUCCACGAUCCGAACUCGCCAGCGCCCACCGCGAGCAAAAAGGGUCGUCUGGUCAAGCUCAAGCUCGGAUCGGGACCUAGCAGCCAGGGUCUGCACAAUCAGGCGAGCGCAGCGGCGAUCGAGGAUUUCCUGCGUCUCAAUUUUGCGCUCCUCGAUGUCAAGAAGUUCCAGCGCGUGAAUGUCGAGGCAGCACGCAAGAUCCUCAAGAAGCACGACAAGAGGACGGCCUUGACGGCGAGCAACGAUCUCCGCGCCUUCAUGGCGCAGCAGGAGGCCGCUCGACGUGCAAUGGGUAUCAACCCUGUUGGAUCCGGUGGUGUCGUCACCCUUCCGGCGUCUGCACUGGAGCCCCCGUCGAACGGCAACUCGACUGCGCUUGUCUCGUCGACAGCGCACCCCUCUCUUGCGGCUCUGCUACCGUCGGCCACUACAGGUAUCUUGUCCGAAUCGCUACCCCACAUCCUUCUCUCGCUGGUCACCACAACGCUUCUGCCCAUCUUGCCGUCGGUGGACGACUACAGCUGUGCCAUCUGCACGUCAGUGGCGUGGAGACCGGUGCGACUCGACUGUUCGCACCUGUUUUGCUUGCGAUGCCUCGUCAAGCUGCAACGACAAGGCAAGGACGACUGCCCGCUUUGCAGAGCGCCAGGUGUGGUCAAGACGGCGGACCGCAAAAACAUGGACGAGGAAGCCGACAAGUACCUGCAGACUUGGUUCCCUCAGGAGGUCAAGGAGAAGAACAAGGAGAACGAAAAGGAUCGUCGACAGGAGGAUCUAGAGGCUAUGGGGCUGCGGGAGAAGGAUUGUGUGAUUAUGUGA